AUGGAACAAGGUCAAACAGCAACGAUGCUUCACAAGCCUGAUGACGUGCCUGUCAAGGACGUUGUUCGCAUCGCCUCAUAUCACCGGCGUGACUUCGAUCUCGCUGUUGUUCGCACAAAUCCUUCUGACCAUGACCAGAUACGAAGCUCACUGCUUUCACCUAACCAUGCUACUACCUCAACUCUGGGACAACUUGACAUCUUGCCAACUGAACUAGCUCACGAGAUAUGCCUCUACCUUGAUAUCCGGUCAUUGUUUCGCUUUCGGCAAGUCAACCGCCGUGCCCAACAAAUUGUCAGUUCAAUUCGUCUAUACAGAGCGGUGAUCAAUCAUGCUCUCGAGGCCUUCUGUAUUAUACUACGGACCAAUAUCGCGCCUUGGUUCACACUCUCGGAUCUAUUCAAGGUACUGUGUACGAAGUAUUGUCAAUUCUGCGGUGAUUUUGGCGGGUUCAUCUUUCUUCCGUCGUUUGCGAGAUGCUGUUUCACUUGUAUUCGGGAAGAGAACCUCCCCCGCGUCUUACCUCUUUCCGUCCUUAAACAACGCCUCAAACCGCGUUCCGGCCGCCUACUCGGGUUUAUACCCACAGUGAGAACUUUACCUGGAAUAUACUCAAUGGACGAAACGCCGCGAAAGAGAAGAACUAAAGUUGUACUACGGGAUUCUGUUAACACGCUUUAUCUGUCUGAUUACUCCGAAAAUACGCGAGUCAAACGAUCACAAAGCACAUCGCUCCUGCCCUACAUGGUAACAACAUCCUUACCGUAUUUCGAUCCUAAGAGCGGUGCUGUUCAGAGAGGAAUCUCAUGUAGUGGGUGUCAGGUCGCAUUGGAAAAAGAUUUAUAUACGUCAGGAGUUAAACCAGCUGCCUGCGCCUUGAGAGACAAAGUGUACUCGCAUGACGAUUUCAGGAACCACUUUCAGAAUUGUCACGAGGCUAGGAAGUUAUGGGAAUUAAGUGGACAGGGUACAAGCAUUAUCAAUGUCCCCGAGUUUGUUAGACGUCGAGGCUACUUUAAGAAAAGAGAUGUUAUGAUGUCUUUCCAUAGUCAAUAG